AUGCUGGAGGCAGGGAUGCCAACAAAAAAAUUCAUUGCUAACAGCCCCAGAAUUAUUUUGAGUGAUGAAGUUGCUGCUCAUGUUGUCUGCAAGGAAGAGGCUCAAGACCUAGUGAACGAUGGAUUGGUGAUUUCCUCAGAAUUUGUCUCGGAGGUUGAAGAAGUGGAAGUGUUGAGAGAAGAAUUGGUCUAUGACAGACCAAUUUCACCCGAAAUGGGGACAUUGCCAAUGAAGCCCAAUGAAAUGGGUCAUCUGGAACAUCUCGAGGCGCAACUAAAUGAGCUGGCCGAGAACCUUCGAAAGUGUGAGAAAGACCUCGGAUGGACGUCCUUCCUUCGUAAGAAGAAAGCCCUGAAGGAACUUCAUUGCCACCUGAAGAAGGAGAAGAAGAAAAUCGAAAAGAUGAAGAGAAAAAAAGAAAGUCUGCGCCUGCUGAUGGAAAAAACAACAAAAUUGCAUCGGACGUCAUUUGGCACACGUUUGGAAAGCAAGAAGGACCGUGGACGCUAUGAAUCGGGCUCGACGCAUGAGGACUUGGAUCAGCCGCAAGGCAGCGAGGCUCUUCGGCUGUUGCCGAGGGCAGACGGAAGAAUCCGACGGGUCUUCGUCUCUUUCUCCUUUCUCGUCCGAAUUCGAGAAUUUUCCCGGACUCCAAGAUUCCCGUGA